UAAAACGCGCUGUAUAUUUUUCAAGCUAGCAUUAUCGCGGCUCUACGUGGUGUUUAUCGGGUACGUGUCGGGGGUUUAAUCAGGGGUAUCCACUGUAGAUGUCAGUUGACAAUUCACAUAGGGAACCCUCAUACACAUGCUGUUAAGUGUGUACGUCAUCUGAACAUGGACUGCGACAAGGGGAUGUACUACGACCGCGGCACCAACAGCUGCGCCUACUGCUCACAACUCUGCUCCUAUGUUGAUAUCCAGGGAACGAGAGCCGAGUGUGAGGGAAACUGUCCGGGUUUCCUCCAGUCCACGACGCAGUCCACGACGCAGUCCGUAGUCACAGCCACGACGUCAGUCCUACAAGACAACCCGUGGUAUAUAGUCGCUAUUGUCCUCUCGUGUUUGGUAGCGUUCGUUGCUCUGGGUGUCAUCAUCUAUAUGUACAUCAUACCAGCUGCAGUGAGAAGACUGAAGAAACAGGACUGUUGUGGGGAUGGAGAGUCCAGGCAACCCCACACCCAGGAGACAGGAUCCCCGGAGGUGCGGACAGAGGCGAUGGAUUUGCUGGGCAAUAACAACGGACAGCAACCAUGAACAUCAACAUCAUCACGGUCAACGACAUCGUAUCAAGACUCACCCAGACCACCCAUUUAUGACAUCAGUAUUGCCUUGGGCAUUAUUCCAAGUCUCACUCAGAUCAUCUCUUAAUUACCGUUACAGUGUGAUGAACAUGAGUCCCGGGAUUCAUCUAGACCAUGUGUUUAAUACAAUCAUAUUGCAUGAACAUUGGUCAAUGGCACCCUCAUGAUCAACACUCGCCGAGAAGACCAUCACCUUAUUGCGACUGGCAUUAUUCCAAGACACAUCUGGACCACUUUAAUACGAUCCUAUUGUCACGGACAUUAUUGGAAGAAAGAGCUGGACCGCGUGUUUAAUACCAUCCUACUGCCAAUGACAUUAUUCCAAGACACAUCUGGACCACUUUAAUACGAUCCUAUUGUCACGGACAUUAAUGGAAGAAAGAGCUGGACCACGUGUUUAAUACCAUCCUACUGCCAAUGACAUUAUUCCAAGACACAUCUGGACCACUUUAAUACGAUCCUAUUGUCAUGGACAUUAUUGAAAGAAAAAGCUGGACCACAUGUUUAAUACCAUCCUACUGCCAUGGACAUUAUUCCAAGACACACCUAGAGCAAGGUGAUAAACCUUACACCCAAGAGCCUGAGUCACAUACCACACUUUCAUUUUCAGCAUUCUGUCCCAAGGGCAUUAUUUUUGUACUUAAUAGCCUCAUCAUUCCCAUAACAUGCUGUAAAUAAAUGUCUUGUUUGAUAAGUGAUUAUUAA